AUGGGUGGAAGUUCGAUUGAUGAUGACUGGGAGCUUCCUUCACUGUCUAGUGCAGUUCGCACUGUGGUCUUAGUUGGACGUACUGGUAAUGGAAAAAGUGCAACAGGAAACAGUAUUCUUGGAAGAAAGGCCUUCAAGUCCAAGACCAGCUCCUCUGGUGUUACAAGCACUUGUGAACUGGAGAAAGCUGUAUUGAGAGAUGGACAAGUUGUAAAUGUUAUAGACACUCCUGGUCUUUUUGAUUUUUCUGCAAGGUCAGACUUUGUUGGCAAAGAAAUUGUCAAAUGCAUUGAUUUGGCCAAGGAUGGAAUCCAUGCUGUUCUUGUAACUUUCUCAGUUAGGACCCGGUUUUCACAAGAAGAAGAAGCUGCACUACGUAGCUUGCAAACUUUGUUUGGAAGCAAAAUUAUUGAUUACAUGAUUGUGGUCUUUACUGGCGGAGAUGACCUUGAAGAAAAUGAUGAGACAUUGGAAGACUAUUUGGGCCGUGAAUGUCCAGAGCCUUUGAAGGAAAUUCUUGUUCUGUGUGAAAAUCGCUGUGUGCUUUUUGAUAACAAGACUAAGGAUGAAAGUAAGAGGGUUAAACAAGUGCAGCAUCUUCUCUCCCUUGUAAACCAGGUCAUAGCUCAGAAUGGUGGACGACCGUACACUGAUGAGAUAUUCGCUGAAGUGAAGAAAGGGGCUAUUAAACUCCGUGAUCAACAAGAAGAGGUUAAUUCCUUGAAGGGGUAUUCUAAACGAGAAAUAUCGGAUUUGAAGGAUCAGAUGCAGCGUGCAUAUGAAGAGCAGCUUAAACGAAUUACUGAGAUGGUUGAGUCAAAGUUAAGAGAGACCACUAUUAGGCUUGAGCAACAGCUGGCAGAUGAACAAGCUGCUCGACUGAGAGCAGAAGAGAAUGCCCAAAUGGCUCAGAUGAGGUCGGAUGAUGAAAUUCGAAAACUUAGAGAAAAUCUUAUGAGAGCAGAGGAAGAGCUUCGUAAAAGAGGUGAAGGCAAGUGUGCCAUUCUUUAA